AUGUCCAGCAAGCGGCUCCCGCUGGCCAACAAUUCAAAUGCCGUCAACUCUCCCUUCCGUACCGUCAACCCCAUCUCUGGCAAGCGCUCUAGAGCCCAAGACCCGCGUGACGCCGGCCAGCCUCCUCUUAAAAAACAAGUCCUCGAUCUCGACCACGAUGAGAACCAACAACCGCGUUCCUUGAUCCGUCAAUCCCUGGCUCAGCAAGAGAAGGAUGCACAAUUGUUCUUGAAGAAGCCUGGCAAUGCCCCUCCGACUGCCUUUGAGAGGAAACUUGCUGCUGCCAGGAAGCCUCCAUCUGCGCAGAAGCCCGUCCAGAGGACUGCAGACAGUCUCGAGAGCAUUCGUCAAUGGCAACGGCACUAUAGAAAGGCUUUCCCUCAGUUCGUCUUCUACUUCGAAAGUGUGUCUGAUGACGUUCGAACAAAGGUCUCGAGACAGAUUCAAUAUCUUGGCGCCAAAGAGGAAAAGUUCUUCUCGCGCUCUGUCACUCAUGUGGUCACGACCCGUCCUAUUCCUCCAGAACUUGCCUCGACAAGUUUCGAGGAUGGUCAUAGCACCUCUAAGAAUGACUCUCACCAUACUUCAUUGAAGACCAUCGACCCUUCUCUCCUUGAUCGUCCUCAAGACUCUACUCUGACCGGCGCCCAGAAGAAGACUGCUGAUCUCCUCGAGGCCAGUUUGCAAGGUCGUACUCAAGCCUCCGCUGCCCAAAGUCUCCAGACUGUCGAGCCACGCAAGCUCGGCGUUCAAAGCAAUGAUGUCUUGUCCAAGGCUAGAGAGCUUGGUAUCAAGAUCUGGGCUUUGGAGAAGUUGCAGCGCAUGAUGACAACCAUGUUCGAUACUGAUACCGGUGAGCAACCUAAUCAGAGAAGACACAUCGUCUCAACUUUGUGUAGAGGAGAGAAGGCAGACUUGCAAACACUGCUGCGAAAUGAAAAGGUCAUCGGACCUGCCGACCGUGAUCUGGCUGUCGCUGCUCAGGACUCGGUUCAGUUCAGAGGAAACUACAUCUAUGUUCACGAUAUGGACGAACGCACUCGUCCUGUCAUGGUUCGCGACUAUCCGAAGGUCACCCAUAAGGAGGAGGGUAAGUGGCCGCAGUUCCGUCUGACCCCCAUAGGAAGAUGUCCGUUCGUCGAAGACCCAUCGCACACCAAGAAGCUGCGUCUGGCUGAAGAGCAGAAGGCUGCAGAUGCAGAGAAGGAACGCAAAUUGGCCGCCGGUAUCCCCGUCACUCGCAGUCGAGCUGCUGCUGGAACAGGACCAUCCCAGUCCACGACGUCUCAGCCGAAGGAGCCUGUAGAGCGUCAGGACAAGCCCGAAGUUGUCGAUGACCAUGUGAAGCCUCUGGAUCCUCCGAAGAAUAUUCCCAACAAGAGGCAAAACUCUAUGGAUACUGGCAGCAUGCCCGCACUGUUCGGCAGCACUCAGGCCAACAUGAGAGGAGCACCUCGAUUCAUUGGGGGAGAACCUGUCGCGUCAGGAGUUCAACCUUCGAACAUCACAUCCGCUAUUCGUUCGCAAAUCGUUUCAUCUACCAUCUCCUCGACGGCACCUGGAACCCGUAACAUUGGCGCAAGCAAAGAGAUCACCGCCCUGAAGCGCAGAGCAUUGGAGAGAGGAGCAAGCGUCAACUCCAACGAUCCACUGCAAUCAUCCUACCUUACCGACAUGCGCGCAGCGAUCAACGGUGAUCGUCAACAAGCGCCUAGAGCAGCCAAGCGCAAGGCACAAGAGACUUUGGGACACAUUCGUGAAGAGGGCGAAGAGGACACAAGCCGAUCCCGUCGUACACAACAGGUCCGCAAGAAGGUGGUCGUAGAGCGUGAGAUGAAGGCUGGAUAUUGUGAAAACUGCAGAGACAAGUUCGACGACUUUGACGCUCACUGCCAAUCACGCAAGCACCGCAAGUUUGCAAUGGCUCCAGAGAACUGGUCCCAACUGGAUGAUCUGCUGAAUCAGCUCGAACGUCCGCUCAAGAAAGUCUAA